GUUGCUAUAAAAGCUACUUCUCUCUCUAGCACCACUAUGAAAACCAACCUCUUAUGAUCACAAUACACUUCGUGACAAAAAUGACUUCAAAUUCUGAAGCCGGUGAGAAUUUCCAGGUCUAUGGGGAAAGAGCAGAACUCGUCGUCCUUCCUCAAAAUAACGGUUCGGUGCCUCCCACCCAUAACCACACCGCGUUAUACCUCAUUUCCUCGCCACUUCCACGCGACAUCUCUACCUUAAAGUUCGAUAUCACAAGCCACGACCAGGGCUGGUGCAGCAACCCCAAGGACGGAAACUGGUCAUGGUUCGCGAUAUCUAUCCUGGCCCCGUGGUGCGGAGGCACUACCAAUCCCAAUUUGGACGACCUGUCACGUCCUGGUUAUGUCAUGUCGCGCCCAGAGGACUUCGAAACACUGGUGAACCAGCGGGGAUUAUACUUCAAGAAUCUUCCGAAAGAACUAGCAGCACCAAACUCGCUAAUCAGCAUGAGGAUUGCUGAGAAUAGCAUUCAGCAAAAUUGGGUACGAAUGUCGGUUAUCUGCCCACACCGCGAGGAUAACGCAAUCAACAACAGCCUCUUUCGUUUAUUUGAUCCGGGUGAUCGGGUCGUAGUGUGGGCAAGAGCACAGUAUCCGGGGUGGAUCAAUGUCGUGAAGGAGAUUCAAUUUUCGAUAUCUACUAAGGCAACGCAUACAACACAGAUCUCACAACAGCAAGGGCAGACUUCCUCUGGAAGCUCGAAGACGCCUCCAGGAGAUGACGUUAGUCAGAAUGCAUCAGAGGGUGCGCUUCGCCACUCUGACCUUGGCGACGCUACUCAUGCCUCUGCUGUUGAGUCUCCACCAUCCACACAAGACAGCAUGCAAGAGGAAUUUUCUCAAGGAAGUUCUCUACCGGAAUCUGAGAUGGCUAGUGGAGGUGACAAAAAGGUCGUGGUCUCCAUCGACUGUUUCACCGAUAUGCUAGAGAAGGAUCUUUGUAAUAUUCCUGUUGACGACCCUGGUAGAGCCGUCCAUCUUGCCAGGACCGCACGCCACUUUACCUUCCUCUUUUUGCAAUUUAGGAGAAUGGAAGAUAUUGACAAAGCAUUGGCAUAUUACCAAGAAGCUGUCAUGCUCGAGCCAGAGAACCCUGGGCAUCGAAGCCUCCUUGCCUCGGGUCUUGUAUUGAAGGACAAUGUUACCAGCGAUGAUCAAGGUCUUCAACUCGCCAUUACUCAGCUGGAGAUAGCUACGGCACUCGAAGAUGACUCGCCUGGACAACAGUAUGCAAUGACGCUUCUUGCUAUACUUUACGGAUUACGACAUCACCGCACAGGCUACGAAGAUCUUCACAAAAUGCAGAGUAUUCUAGCUACCUUAGGGCCAGAAAACCCGGAUUGCGUUGUUAUGGGGAACUUACUUCGUCAUGAAUGUCUAAAUUAUAGCGAUGAGGGGAUGAAUAACGGAGAAGCAUCGGAUGAGACCAUUAAGCUUCUUAAUCAAACCGUUACCACUGGGUCUCUUACAGAUCUCACGAGACCAUUCGUGCAGAUGUACAUCCAAUUACUACAUGCUCAACGCAGUGAACAGACCGGAAAUACAAGGGAUCUCGACCUCGCUAUUUCGCAGUCGAGAAAGUUAUACGACGGUUUACCAGAUGACCUCGUCCACCAUGAAGCCGCUAAGGGGAGAAGGGAAUUGUCUUACUACCUGAUACAACGGUGGAAGCGAACAAAAAGACUUGAGGACGCCCUGGAAGCUACAAUGGAGAUUAUCAAGGCUUACCGUGCAGCUCCACCGGUCAGCGAAAUACAAUCAGACUUAAUAUCCAUGUUGUGCACCAUCGUGACCGGAUUUGAGGCACCUAAGCAUCUUGAUGCUCUAUAUGGGAACCUUAUCAACUUGUUCGAUAACAUCGACCCACAUCUAUUUGAUCGAUUAAGCAGUCAGGCAAAGGUUAAGAUUCUGGGUUCACGCGUACUUUUGUACCAAAAGUCGUACUCCGACACUGGCAAACUCACUGACCUUGAAAGUUCUAUCUCAUUGUCGGAGGAUAUAUUACGCAUUCCUGGGCAACAUUCACGUGGUAUGAAUUUGACGCUUCAAAACUUAGCAAAAGCGUGGGUGAGAAAGUCCAUCCACACCCAAGAGAAUGCAGCGUGGAUGCAGGCAUUACAAUAUGCGCUACAGCCAUGCGCCGCGGAAGAAAAUCUGCCCAUCCGCCGCGUUCAGUGUGCCGAUUUGAUUGUUUACUGUGCUAUUAAAUUGGGAGAGUGGGAAUGGGCAUGUGAUACUGCAGAUGCCAUCUUUCCACUACUGCCUAAAGUCAGUGGCCGCGAUUUGGAGCAAGACGACAAAAUUGAGAGCCUCCGAUUGAUCUCCAGCUUUACGACUAACGUUUGCACUGCGUACAUAAGUGCAAUGAAAGCUUUCGACGCAUUGCUGAAGCUGGAACAAGGCAGAGGUGUCAUGAUGGGUGACUUGUUCGACAGCCAGAGUGACCUAACGGCUCUGCAGCAGGCUAAUCCUGAUCUCGCGCGAGAGUACGAGACGCAUCGUAACCGAGCCUUCCACCGCAUAGGUAUUGAUGAAACGAAACGACAGUCACCAAACGAGCGCCGGGAUGCCUUCCAAAAGUUGCGGCAUUGCGAGCUGCGUAUUCGCGAGAUGGCGGGCUUCGAGAACUUUCUGCAGUCAAUGACUUGGGAGGAUAUAUCUCAAUGCUCCAUUGAAGGGCCGGUUAUCAUCGUCAACAUAUCGAACUUCGCCUCUGAUGCCAUUGUGAUCGUUCCCUCCGGACCCAUCUGCUUGCGUCUGAAUGAUAUGAAGCGGGAACAAGUGCCCGCAUUUCGAAAUUACCUGAUGAGGAACGGCGGGGCGUAUUCCAGUAGCAGGGACCUGGAGAAUGACAUAUCGCAGGAAGGCUUUGACUACAGGGAUAUGCUCGCUUGGUUGUGGUAUACAUGCGUGAAGCAUAUUUUGGAUAACCUCGCUUUCCAUCAAAAAAUUACAACUAGUGGACAGAAAACUCGGGUAUGGUGGAUCGGAGCGGGCUUGGCCAGCGGGCUGCCAUUCCAUGCUGCUGGAGAUUACAGAGGUGACCCGCCUGAUGAAAAUGAGAACUGCCUCUCUCGUGUUAUAUCCUCAUAUAUACCUACUGUUAAAGCGCUCCGAAAUGCCCGUGAACGAGCGACGCAGGCAAUGCACCGAGUCGCCGCGGCGGACAAGCUCUCGCUCCUCAUCGCCACGAUGCCCGAUACUCCCGGUCAUGGAAUGCUGAGCGGUGUUCGGCAAGAAGCAGAAAGAGUCACUGAGGUGGUAAACCAGGCCAUGAAUGUACGACAUAUGGUGGAGCCUUCCAGCGAAGAAGUACUGAACCAGCUUCAGCACGCCGAGCUGGUACACUUUGCCUGUCAUGGAUACUCGGAUCCGCAUGAUCCUUUGAAAAGUCACCUACUUCUGACAAAGAAUACCGCUGAGUCCGGGAAAGUGGUUGAUAAACUGACGGUUUCCAAGCUCUUAGAAACUCAAGCUAUGUCGCGCGCGUGGAUUGCCUAUUUAUCUGCGUGUUCUACCGCGGAGAUACGUGAUAGAAACUUGAUGAAUGAGGGUCUUCAUAUAACAAGUGGCUUUCUCAUUGCUGGGUUUUCGCACAUUAUUGGAUCCAUUUGGCCUGCCGAUGACCAGAUCUCUGUUGAUAUGGCAGCCUUUUUCUAUGAUGCUUACGUUGGAAGACGCGCAACUGCUAUCGACCCUAAUCGCGCAGUAGCGGAAGCUGUCCAUGAUGCAACACUGCGGAUCAGGAAGAAGUAUGCCUAUGAGCCGCUGGCUUGGGCCUCGUAUACUCACGUCGGGUUAUAGCACCUUUGUUUCAGAGGAGCCACGAUGAUCCCUCUCAAGGACUACGGGUUGAUGCGCAGUGCAAAGUAACUGUUGGUCUCAGAGCAGUCGACCCCAUCAGUUUCAUCCUGAACCACUGGAUAAGUACGGUUAAGCUGACGGCUCUCCUUUUUCGCUGUGCUUUUACUUACUAGUAUGGACGUGUCCUAUAAUCAAGAUGUUGUAUAGUGUGUUCCUGCUGUUAGAGACAUUCCCUUUGUCCUUCUUUUAUCGCUUUGAUGCUGCGGAUGGGGCUUACUGUUAUUGCUGUAGAAUUUAUGCUAAG